AUGAUUCAAAUCGGCACCCACUGUCUCUAUGCCUCAGUCAGCGGUCCUCCCCGCACCCCACCAGAUCCACUAGUUGUCAUUCUCAAUGGUGCAGGGGACGUCGCAUCGUCAUACACAGCCCUUUCCCGCUUAGUAGCAGUCUCAACUCGGAUUCUGCUAUACGAUCGCUCGGGACUCGGGCGUAGUGAUCCCGACCCCAACUUAGACCCCAACUCAGACCCCAAUCCCGAAGGAUCGCCAGCCGUUACCGCCGCUAAAGAGCUACACAGCCUGCUCUGCCGCACGCAUCUCCUACCGCCUUUGGUACUUGUUGCGCACUCCUACGGCGGUAUAGUUGCCCGGGAAUACCUACACUUGUACCCAUCCGAAGUAGCCGGGAUAGUCCUCGCAGAUAGUUCCACAGAGCGGCAAAGCGACUGCCUUCAGCUACCGGCUGCUAGCAUCAGCGCCGUACAAGGGAAUCUUAAAUUCGCCCAAGUAACAGGGCUUCGGGCAGAAACUGUGCUUUCUAAAGAUGAGUGGCGGGUUCGUGCGAUUGAUAUCUCGCGUGGAGCCGAGGCAGCACAGAUGGAGGCAAAUGCCCUCGUGGUGGUUUGUAAUACGUUGGCUGGGAAGAGGCAGUUAGCAAUUCAGGCUAUGGGGUCUAGGCCUGUUAGUGUUAUUCGUUGUAAUGGAGUCAGGGACUAUGAGCGGAUCUACCACGCAGGCGUGGAGGUGGGGAAUGGCACGGUGGAACAGCGAGAGGAGUUCAGGGCCCUGCUUGAUCGGUGGAGGGCUUUUGAUGCGGAUCUUCACGAGGAGCAGCUGAAGUUGUCUUCUACUUCGCACUUCGUACAUUUACCGGGUUGUGGGCACAAUAUCCACAUCUUACGGCCGGAUGUGGUGGCAGAGGAGAUUGGUUGGGUCUUGAAGCAAUUAAAGCCACAGGAUACGUAUAGACUGUGA